GCUGAAUUGGAAGUAGAGUAUGGCGUGUGAAGAGGCAAGUGCAUAUGCCUGUCUCAAUUUUGAAUAUGUUAGACAUAGGGAGUGUAUAUUUGACGUUUGACUGAAAAUCAAUUGGACGUCAGUCAAGUUUUCCAACCAAUAAAGAACGACACUUGUAUGUAUUUGUGUGUCCCUUUUUUGUGCAUCUCCGCUGUGUGUAUGUCAUCAGGAGAAAGGCCAAUCCUAAUCGGGUUGGAACUAGACCCGGUUUCAAACAUAUGUGAGCUACAACUAUCGCAAUACCACAUCCAAGAAAAAGCCUACUGAUCCAUCAACGUACCCUCUGUAGGUCUUGCAUCAACGUACAGCCUACUUACAGUCUUUUGGGAGAAAAACACAGUGAUAAGUAGACUGCCAUUAGAGUCUGCUGGUAACUUGCAGUCUACUCACAGUGAUAUCUUAAAAGUUAAAGACUAGAUACACAAAACUUACAGUCAAAUUAGAACUGGAACUUCUACAAUUAUAGUGUAUUUACGCAUAAUUUACACUCAUAUUGUGUGAUUAUUACAGUGACAUUAUGACCGGAACUUGUCGAGUCUCAAAGACACCCAUUUGCAGCGCCGAGUCAUGAGUUGGUAUGUAUGUACGCGGGUUGGACUGGACCCAUUUGCAUUCUAUGACAAGCAGGUGUAAAACUUUGAAAUUAUAGUAAGAAAACCUUGCAAGUAUAGUACCUCGUGCCAUCUACGGAUUAUAGACACAAUUGAACCAACAUACACACUGCCUAUCAUACAGAUGACCACACAUUGAACCAACAUACGCACUGCGCUAUCCAUAGUGUGAGCAGUUUAACAUCUCUCUAAUGCAAAAAAGCCUUCUUCUUCAUCAUUGUUAAUUCACAGUCUGAAAGAAAGGAUCAAACAAGAAUUAGACCAAUCAUUAAGAUAUACAUCACAAAGGGAAGCAAUUAACACUGAGCCAAAAAGCUGAAAAUACAUAGUACAAGAGACAGUGAAUGAUCUAGACGAGCACAGUAAAUUAGGCAACCUGGAGCCAAAAGUACAACUAAAAAAAGACUGGAAAUCAUGAACCUCUUUACUGUAAAUUUGAAGUAUAAAAAAUAGAAUUGCUUACAUCAUCAAAGAAAUUAGUAACAAGAAGUCUAGAACUUAUCCACCCUGUUGAACUCACAGAAAAACUAUCAUUAGCAUACUUCUGUCCUUAAGUUCGGAAUGUCAGCGCUUGAAAAUUGGUUAACAACUUGAGUCCUUGCAGUCCAUACUUCCAUAAUCUUGAAUAUAAAGACACCGCAAUUGUGUGCCUGGUUUCACAUGAAUAAAGGAAGAAAAAAAAAAGAUACCAACAUGGGAGUAAUAAAAGCAUCCCAGAAUCCUAUAAAGUGUGUAAUCCGUUCGAAUAAAAGAAAAUACCAGAGAUAAAUCUUAAAAGAUAACAACACAGUGCCUUCAAAAGGGAAACAAAUUUAGAAGCAAAUUGAUUAAAAAUGUACUAGCAAAUCACUAAACUGCAAGUGAAAUUCAGAAUGCUCAUUAAAAGAUGGAUCAAGGAAAGCAAAGGCUCUUCCCUUCAAACAAACAAAGAAACAAAACCAAUGUUUUCGAACGGUUAUGGGGAAGUACAGCUGCAACUAGGAAGAGUAAUAUGAAGAAAAAUGUAUAUAUUGUAAAUGAGAAAUAAAAAAAGAAAUGGCAAAGACAAACACCAAAAAAGAAGGCAGAAAUUAAAUUACUUACAUGGAGGAAAUGAGAAAUAAAAAGAAAGGGCAAAGACAAACACCAACAAGGAACCAUGAAGUCAGAAAUCCUUCAAUUCCAAUUGGGGAAAAGACGGACACCAAAGCCGCAACAACUAAUCGGGGGAGAACCAUGGAAGAUCAUACAAGAGACGAUCCACAGGCUGAAAGUCCUUCAAUUCCAAUGUCUUUGCUCAUGCCUAGUGCAUUUCUUUGAGAUCUAGAACCUGUAAAAUCACAAGAAUGAAAAGCAGAGAUCGCAAAUUCUUUCCAUUUGACAGAGUGUAUUGCACAGAUCACUCUAGUUAAAAAUCAAAGAAACUGGUCAGUUUUGUUUCAAAAGCACCAGGGCAAAAGAAGCUAAAAUUUACAAUAGCAAAACAAUACUGAAAUUACUAUUAUCAAGUUGCUGAAAUUACUAGACAAGCAGAAAUUCCUGUUCCUGUGCACACCAAAGUUUCUGACCUAAAAAGCACGGACACGGCAGGAAUUGCCGAUUGGCCGUGUCGACACGGCGGGAUACGGCUGGAUACGCGUAUCCCCCAGUAUCCCCUGAUUUUCGAUUAAAAAGAAAGAAAAAAGCCCAGGGACACGGCGGGACACGUACGUGACACGGAUGGGAUACGGCCCAGCCCAAAAACAGCCAUGGCCCAAAACGAAACCCUAUUUUUGCAGGAAUCGCACGCAGCUCUCCAAACAACAACGAGGGACUCCCAGGUCCCAGUCUCUUCUGGAUCGAAGCCGCCACCUCCUGGAACGAAGCCGCCGCCGCCGCCGCCGGCGACGCUUGGAUCCGACCGGCCACCACACCCCCACACCAGGAGGCAGCAGCCUCUUCUCCUGACGGCAGAGCAUGGCAUCUGGGAGUGGCACAGCUGGGUUAUGUCUUCAACUCUUCUAAUCUUCUUUACUGUUCGAUGUGUUUUGCAAGAUGCAACUUGCAAUGACAUGGGGGGACAAGAAUCAAUCAAGCACUUGAUAAAAGAGACACAACCGAAUGGGGGCAGUAAGUUGAUGGAGCCCAACGCCGACAAGCUACGCGGUCUUCGCAUCACCUCCCUCGACGAUGAAGAUGAUGAUGAGAUAGAACUGCCCGCGACCGUGGCUGCGGCGGCCUCGGGCUAUGAUGACGAUGACGAGGACGAAGAUGAAGAAGCGGAAGUGAUGCUUGGUUUCCUGGAGAAGCCGAAGCAUCCAGGCCUCCUCCGCCACCUCUUUCCUAGCAAGGCCGGAGGCAUCCCGGCGUGGUUGGAUCCCGUGAACUUGCCCUCGGGGAACUCCAGCUGCUGUGGCUUCUGCGGCGAGCCCCUGCACUUUGUCCUCCAGAUUUAUGCUCCUAUUGAGAGCAAUGCAGCAGCAUUCCACCGCACUCUCUUCAUGUUCAUGUGCCCGUCGAUGGCAUGCUUGCACCGAGACCAGCACGAACAGUGGACACGCAACCAAGGCAAUCCUCGUAGAAGCGUGAGGGUUUUCCGGUGCCAGCUGCCUCGUACCAACGUGUUCUACUCAAGUAAACCUCCAAGUCACAAUAACUCUGACAAGCCACUAUGUGCCGGAGCUGCUCUCUGUCAUUGGUGUGGUACAUGGAAAGGGGAUAAAAUAUGUGGUGGCUGCAAGAAAUCACGUUACUGUUCUGAGAAACAUCAGGCACUGCACUGGCGCUCUGGUCAUAAAAAUGAUUGCCUACAGAUAAUCAAUUCUUCUGAAGCUUCAAGUUCUGUGCUGCCAGCUGUAGGAAAAGUUCCAGCUAGGACUUCUUGGCCGGAAUAUCAGAUAGCAAUUGACGAUGAAGUUGAUUUGGAUUCUGAUGGUUGUGAUGAAAACAGCUCAAAAUCCUUGGUGAUGCAAAAGCAUGGUAAACCAGAUGAUACAAUGCAGUCAUGGAUGGAUCAAUUUGAGGCUGAUGCUGACAACCAAUGCUGGGCAUAUUUUCAAGAGCGUAUCUCAAGAGCACCAGAGCAAGUAUUGAGAUACUGUCGAGAUCCAAAUGUAAAACCUCUGUGGGCUUUAUCAGCUGGGCGUCCAUCAAAUCCUGACAUCCCUUCAUGUAGCUACUGUAAAGGUCCACUAUGCUAUGAAUUUCAGAUAAUGCCACAAUUGCUUUAUUACUUUGGUGUGAGAAAUGAACCAGACUCUCUUGAUUGGGCAACAAUUGUUGUGUACACAUGUAAAGGAUCAUGUGAUCAAAGUACUAGCUACAAGGAAGAAUUUGCAUGGGUUCAGUUAUAUCCUACAUCAAUCUCAAGGCCGUAGUAAUGUUUACCUGUUCCACAGAGUGGUGUCUGGGAGUUGGGAACUUGAAAGUGACGGUCUACCUUGCAUUUCAAUCUGAAGACAGGCGUUCCAAGCCAGAUAGAUCUUUUUUUAGAUGUCAACUUCAAUGCAGGGCCAUGGUCCCAAUUCGCUCGCUACAUUGGGCUUGGUCUAGUAUUUAGCCACUGGGGCCAUCUAGAGCAUUUGAUGUGAAAUAGUUGUGGUCGCCAGCAUUGCCUGUUCAGUGUGCAUCUUUAUUUCGUUAUAUAGGAUUCUUCGUCUCUUUAUGUGGACACCUUGGACGGUUUUGGGGAUUACUCGUUAGGGUUCUGGUCUA